CGGGAUGUGAAAUGGCUACUCCAGCUAAACUACGAAUCAUUCUUGGAGAAAACAAUUCUCAGAGAUUGAUCCUUCCAGAUGGGAUGCCAGAGACUGUAAUGGAACUCAAUCAGGAAAUUAAGAGACAAUGUGGCGUAGAUGGGGACUUCAGGCUUCAGUUCAUGGAUUUUGAGUUUGGGAAUGAAUUCACCAACUUGGUCUCAAUGUCAGACAUCCAGGACAGAAGCUCCAUCAAGGUCGUCUUUGACUCUGUUACACCUGCCCAGCCUGGUGGAACCCUGGCCCCUCCCUACUCAGCUCCUGCUACAGCCCGCCCACUGGAUGACUCUUCAUCUAAUUCUUCUGGUACCUCAUUUGAUACAGACAUAUUGUCUUCUCCUGAGUCCACCUCCUCAAGAUCCACUGCAUGGCCCAUUGUUUUCCCCAUGCCACGGUUUGCUUAUGAUACUCAGCUGCAGCUUGACAGGGCCAAUGCUGCUUUCAAAGACACUGGAGCUUUGUUGAAUCCGGAUACUAAACUUAAAUCUGCAAUUCUUGAGGGCUUAGCUGAAACGAUUGUCCAGUACAAAGUGUACCUCUCUGACAGGGAGUUUGAUGAGGUGGCAGAAGCUCUGGUGACUAAUCAUCCAUGUUUAAAAGAACCAGGUUCAGUGACUGGGUAUGGCGGAUGGAAGACGAGCCUGAAGUAUAAACUUGCCAACUACCGAACAAAACUCAGACAGCUUGGAUGUCCUGAAGUUACUGUGAAUGCCUUGAAACACAAACCUGAGAGCAAAUGCAGUCCUGCAUAUGGUGUGAAGAAGCCAAAAAAAGCAGAAGUAAAUUACUGCCCCAACUAUCCAGCUGGUGAAACAGCAGAGACUCUAGAAGAGCUGAGAGUGAUGCUCCUCUCAGAAGUAAAGAAGAGAAACAAUGAGCAAAAGUUAGCGGAAAUGAUGGACAAGACCUUUGCACUCAGAAGGCAAGAGGUAGUGAAAGAGGCCCCCAUGAUAGCUGAUUUCAAAACAAGGUGGCCUGCUCUCUUCCAUGUGCGUCAG